AAGGCUACGGGAUUUGCAAUAGCCAUGCAUUUCUCAAAUUAUCAUCACGCGAAUUUGUCUCUUCAGUUUUUAACUGCCAUUAAAUUUCUAUUCACUUGUUCUUGCUUUUAAUGCGGAUAAGCGGCAAUCUCAAAACACAUGUGCGUGUUAACACAAUUCCGAUGAAUUAACGAGACCAGCUCCUAGUCAACAUCCCUCUCGUCCGUUCUUCAGGUCCUUUAGUUUGUUGAGAGAACCCCAAGUAUACAUAUUGACCGGCCAAUCUGUUGGCUUCAAGGAAUGGAUACUCUAGAAACUUUUUCCGAAGGCUGUACCGCAGUCGGUUCCAUCGAUACCAAAACCCAUUUCGGUGUCAGUGUUGUGGACGCACCAGUUGAGAUCGUCGAUCCGACAAAUAGUGUCAGUAUGAACGAGACACCCGCCGAUCCAAAGCUAUGCGUCCUUUGCAAGGAGAAAAAUCACAAGUACAAAUGCAAAUAUUGUGACGUGCGGUAGUGAGUAUAUUCGUGUGCGACCAGGAAAAGAAGUCUGUGCUGAUCUUUGGAAAGCUGUUCUGUGAAAUGUUCAAAUGCACAUAAAGCUGAUACAAACGAUCAUGAGGAGGAGAAGGAGAAACCUAAUUCUGCCCCUCCUCCUAAUGAGAGUUCCUCGCCCAUGCCCAAAGAGAAAUCGACAGCUCGACCCGGAACACUAGCUGCAGCCAACGCCAAAGGUCCAUUCGAAAGUCUGAAUAAUUCGAAGGAACUUAAAGAGCUUUUUAUAAGAUACCCAAAUUUGUACUCACAUCUCGAUGCAGUCGAUACCGCAACUCUUCGUCCGACGGGUCCCAACUCACAUAAAUGGAAUCAGGAUCAAGGGUGGGAGAAGGGGAGGAAUGCUCUAAAGAGCGCAAGGGGGUAUUAUGGAAAAGAUGGUGAAGGCGUGCGAGAAUAUUGUGAACUCGUUCUACGACUUCUCGGAGAUGAAGAUGAAGAGAGCGAGGAGGCAGCUGCUGAGACUUUGCGAAAGGAAGCGCUAGCUGAAAGCACCCGGGUUAUUCGAGCAUUAUUGGAAUCCGAAAAGAGAAGAUGAAUAGAUUAGGAGGCGCGAAUACAGGAAAUCCAUGCCUCGCUGAAAAAUCACAUUUAGAAGGCAAUUAAUUGUACGACGAACACAGCAAAUCCAUGUGCCUGGGCGAACUCGGUGAGCACUCUUUUUAUGACCAUAUAUUGCAUGAAACUAACCCUCGGGACAGGGCAUAACAAAUAACAUAAUUUAGAACUUCCUGGAUCCAUUUUGUUCAAACAG